AUGGGAAAGACUAUGAUUUCUCUGCUGUCGUUUCCUUUGCCACUAGACGCUCUUGGUCUGGGCCGCCUCAUCCACGACCGGACGGAUCCCAGAAAGGGCUUCUUCGAUCCCACGAUACUUCCAACCAAGCCCAAACCUGACGUCAGUCCUAGCGAUAUACACAAUUUCGCUGACAUGGUCAAGUCGACCCAUGCUGUGGAUUUGGAGGCUUCCCUGACGCGAUUUGCCUCGGCGUUCCUGCGCACGAAGGCCAAGAGCUUCGACGAAUUAAAAUCAUGCCUCGUAAAGGAAUACAUCCUUUCUAAUGCCGACUCGUGGUACGACACCAUCAUCAGCGAGGAAGCGACGCGGCGAUGGAUCGAGCGCUCCAAGAUGCGCGGCAAAGAUGUCUACCUCGUGACCGGAUAUCGAACACUGCUAGAUGCGGCGCUGAGCACGAGCAGUUCAAGUGGUGUCCAUGGCGGCGGAACAGCCCAUUUACCGGUAGGAGCGUUGGCAGGAAAUCCGGAUGACAGUCUUGACAUAAAAGGGAAAGCUCAGGUGGAUUCAGCCAAGUCUCACAACUUGACUAUGCUCGUUCCGGGGGAGAGGGUCUUUGCAGUGCAGUACCUCAAAAUCAAAUUCAAGCCUUUCUCUAGCGACAAGGUGGACUCUUCGUAUCUAGCGUCUCACAACCGCUGGAUUGAAAUGCUAACUGUUCGAGGCGAGGAGGCUGAGAACGACGGCCUUGAAGCGGUGCUUGUUGAAGAUUUCGAUGAUGGUGAUGAUACCUGCUACACGUUUUAG